UUGGUCAGGGGCGGGGGGAAGCAUUUUAAAUGUAGGACCAGGAGGGUGCAAGAUGGCGGAUUUGUCGUUGGUGCAGGAGGAGCUGCAGGAGGAUCUGGACGGAUUUGGUGUGGAUGACUACAGCUCAGAGUCUGAUGUCCUUAUUAUACCUUCAGCCUUGGAUUUUGUUUCUCAAGACGAGAUGCUAACACCGUUGGGUCGACUGGAUAAGUACAUUGCUAGUGAGAACACGUUUAACAGACAAAUGGUAGCACGAGGUUUGCUCGAUACGCUGCGGGCAGUCAGCGACGAUGAAAAAGACUGCCUAGCAGUGCUGGAAAGAAUAAAUAAGCUAGCAGAAGAUCCAGAACCAACAGUUCGUGCAGAGUUAAUGGAACAGGUGCCUCACAUUGCCAUAUUCUGUCAAGAGAAUAGACCUUGUAUUCCUUAUGCUUUCUCCAAAUACUUGUUGCCCUUUGUGGUUAGAUGCCUUGCAGAUCCCAACAACCAGGUGAGGAAGACCAGCCAGGCAGCAUUGUUGGUGGUAUUAGAACAGGAAAUAAUCGAAAGAUAUGAUGUGGAAACUAAAGUAUGUCCUGUUCUCUUGGACCUAACUGCUCCUGAAAGCAAUGACGAUCUGAAAACAGAAGCUGUAGCAAUAAUGUGUAAAAUGGCUCCCAUGGUGGGAAAGGCAAUCACAGAAAAAUAUAUACUGCACCGGUUCUGUGAGAUGUGCUGUGAUUGCCGGAUGUUCCACGUUCGUAAGGUGUGUGCUGCCAAUAUUGGAGAUAUAUCUAGUGUUGUUGGUCGAGAAGCCACUGAAAGGUUGCUGUUACCCAGGUUUCUCCAGCUCUGCUCUGAUAAUGUGUGGGGAGUGCGGAAAGCAUGUGCCGAAUGCUUUAUGGACAUUUCUUGUGCAACGUCUCAGGAAGUUCGAAGAACAAAACUGUCUUCACUCUUCAUUAAUCUGAUCGGCGACCCUUCACGAUGGGUUCGUCAAGCUGCCUUUCAGUCAUUAGGGCCUUUCAUCUCAACCUUUGCUAGCUCUUCUGGUGCUGGCCAUUACUUUAAAGAGGAAGAUGUGCUUUCAUCCAAGAAUGCGUUGGGGAGCCAAGGAACAGAAAACAGUAACAGUGCAAAAUGUGCAGCAGAAUCGAUGAAAGUUGCAGACAGAACUGCGGAUAAUCUUGAAACAGAACAACGAACUACAGACUUUAGCUGCCGUACUGUGGAAUCAGUAAAUACAGCUACUGAACUCUCAAAAAGUGAACGUAAUACUGACCGUGAAUGUAGUCGUGAUGCCAGUCAUUCCCAGGCAACAUCAUUGCAGUUGCACUCUGAUUCUCAUGUAUGUACUAAAUCUGAAUCAUCUGAAGGAAGCAGAGUUGUUGUAAGUCAGUUGCCAAAUUCAGACUCUGCAAAUUCAAGUGCAUCUUCAAAGGAAUCUGGGUCCAGUUCAGAAAAGGCUGCCAUUCCAGAGGACAUGUUUAACUCAUUCCAUUACUGGAGGACUCCUAUACCUACAAUAGAUCUUGAUUUGGAACUGGAGCUGCCACAAUGUUCAGAUAAGCAAAAAAGCAAAGAAUCAAUACAAGAUGAAGCACUAUCAGACUGUCCAAGCUUCAGCACAGCUACUAGAAAGGAACUGGAAGAGAUGCUGGAAAACUUAGAGCCGCACAUAGAUGACCCUGAUGUAAAAGCACAAGUGGAUGUUCUAACUGCUGCUCUCAGAGCUUCCACUCUUGACUUUGAGGAAGGAAGAUCGUUGGAGCCGGUGUGUAACCAAACAGAGUCUCAAGCUGAUCCUAUGAAAGUUGACCCUGUCAAUGCUGGCCAAGACCAUGUGCCUUUAACUGCUGAAAUUUCAGCCCCUGUUGAGGAGGACUGCGUCAGUGAUACAGUGUAUAGCACCAAUCAAACACUGGAUGCAUCUCCCUUUUCUGCAAUGGUAUCAGAUGACCGGGUAUUCACUUAUUUUGAGACGAACUUAGAAGGCAGGCUUCAGUUUAUACAAGACAAUUCCUGUCGGAGACCAAACAGUUUUGAAGAUGAUAAAAAAUCUAAAAUUCAGGAUGUCGUUCCUCAAGCAUUGCUGGAUCAAUAUCUUUCAAUGACUGAUCCUUCACGCGCCCAGACUGUUGACACAGAGAUAGCCAAGCAUUGUGCUUACAGUCUCCCUGGUGUUGCAUUCACUUUGGGCAGGCAAAACUGGCACUGUCUGAAAAAUACAUAUGAAAUACUGGCCUCUGAUAUGCAGUGGAAGGUUCGAAGGACUCUUGCAUUCUCCAUUCAUGAGCUGGCAGUCAUUCUUGGAGACCAGCUGACAGCAGCAGAUCUAGUUCCAGUUUUUAAUGGAUUUUUAAAGGAUCUUGAUGAAGUACGGAUAGGAGUCCUCAAACACUUGUAUGACUUCUUGAAGUUGCUUCAAGUAGAAAAGAGAAGGGAAUACCUCUCUCAGCUCCAAGAAUUUAUGGUAACAGAUAACAGCAGGAAUUGGCGCUUCAGAGCUGAGCUUUCUGAGCAAUUGAUUUUGCUGCUGGAACUGUACAAUCCUAAGGACGUGUAUGACUACCUACGACCCAUAUCAUUCAGCCUCUGUGCUGAUAAGGUUUCUUCAGUCCGCUGGAUUGCCUACCGAUUGGUUGGUGAGAUGAUUAGAAAAUUCUAUGCAUCUGCAACUCCUGCAUUAGCAGUUGACCUUAUUCAUGAACUUGUUGAUAAAUUCUGCCAUUCUGUGAAAUGGUCAGGUCGUCAAGCUUUUGUGUUUGUCUGCCAGGCUAUACUUGAAGAUGAUUAUAUUCCUGUGGAACAGUUUACUGAGCAUUUGAUGCCACACUUACUACAACUAGCAUCUGAUCCUGUUCCAAAUGUCCGAGUGUUAUUAGCAAAAACUUUGAGACAAACCCUAUUGGAAAAAGAAUACUUUGUAAACUCAGGCAGUUCUCACCAGGAGGCCAUAGAGCAAAUCACUGUGGCGCUGCAGGCUGAUCGAGACCGGGAUGUCCGAUACUUUGCCAGCAUAUACCCCAGCAGUACAAAGCUUGGUGAUGAUUCCAUGAGUACUGCUUCUUCCACUUAUUAAAACAGGCUUUUGUUCCUUGCACCAUUGGACUGAUCAAACAGUCACUGACGUGUGCAUUAAAUAUGUGUAUCAGCUGGAAUGUACUGGGUGAGUGCUCUAGAAUACGGCGAGAUAUCUGUUCUCUACACUGAACGAUGGGGUUUUCCAAUUGUGGAGACCUGCCUUGGGGCCCUGUAUUACACUGAGAUUCAUUUAGACUAUUACUAGUCGUGUGGCCGUGACUUGGUUUUCAUACUUUGACCACUGAAAAAUUCUCAGAGGAUUUUACCACCGAAGCCUUAAACUCCUGUAUUCUUAAAACUAGCAAACUUGAACACCUGGAGCCGCCUUAAUGGAGGAGGGAUUGCCAUUUCAAACCUAAUCAUUCCUUCCAGAAAACUUAUUAGAAAGGUUACUGAUAAUUCUUGUCUAUAAACAAUAUCUAGUUGCAUUUGCAAAGAGUAAGAUCUAGACAAGUUAAUGUGUACUUCUUAAUACUGUACAAGAACUUUCAUGUAUUGAUUCAGAAACGUUCUUCUCAACUGUGCGAGUUAUGUCAAGGGUAUUUUUACCUAAAUGAAUUAGUUAUACCUCAUUUAGUUUGAACACGGACAGUGGAGUUGUAAUGUGGUCUUGAAGUUUGUCCAUUCAUACUACAGCAAAUUUCAGCCUCGCGGGUAUGAGAAAAUGGCUGCCACUGAUCUGCUUUGAUUCACUUCCUUACCCACCUUAUUCAUUAAUGGGUUUUGUUCUAACUACCUUGGAGAUUGCACAGGAAUUGACUGAAUUAUAGAGGAGAAAGGACAAAAAAUGCAUACGUAAUAUAUACUUAACGCUUUUGAAUACUUUUUUUUUUACAAAUUCCUCAUUGCUGCACAGAAGUAAAAACGUGUGCAAGGGUUAACGGUAACUGUUAGUAGAGGUGUGCAGACCCUAUCAAAUUGUUCUAGAAUUUAUACCUCAGAGUGAGGUGGUUCUGACUGAACUCACAAGUAUAAAAUUUUGCACUAUCUGGUGUGCAAAUAUUGUGUUACAUCUAUCUAAAUUUACAUGUCUGACUCCACUUUUAAAUCACACAAGGCACCUUUUUUAUUUCUCAUUCAGUCUACCUAUAAAAACAAUGAUCCAUCAUCUUGCUAGGUGAGGGGAAUAGAGAUAUCAGACAAGCUAGAUAAUCACCAUGGGAUAAUGUUCUUUCAAAGAUCUUUGCAAUGUGAGGUCAUUUUGAUCAACUAACUACCAUCUAUAAAAACUCUAUCUUUUGAGUUAACAAUCCCACCAUCUUCAAGCUGAUGGUGUUUGUGCCUUAUUGGCAGCCUAUGAGGUCACUCUCUAAUGGAGUUCUUCAGUCCAUGAUUAAUGUCAGCUCGGUCUUGACAUCUAUAAUGAAUGGCUUCCAGUAUUUAGCAAACAUGUCACCUGUCUUCCACUUUUACAAGUCUUUUCCAACUUAUAGGCCUGUUCUUAAAUAACGUAAUAAAGCUACCUAAUUCAUAGGUAUCCUGGCUACAAGAUAUAAAUGGCAUGAUAGAUUCUCAUCAGUCCAGAAAGAGAGGCCAUGGUUAAAUGAGUUGUUGCAGAAUUUUUGGCACAUUAUUCAGUGGAUCUAGCAGAAACAAAUGCUUUGAAAUGGGGUUGUAUUCCACUUGUGCACUGGCUACUCCAUGAGCUAUCAUGUGGUGGAUUCUCUAGUGUCCUCCUGAAGGCGAUGUUUCUUGCCCUGAACCCCAUUUGAGGAACAACACUUCUAACCUGCCCAUUGUAGUAGGGUAAGUGAUUGUAAUUUGAGACUGCUGUGUUGCAAGUCAACCUGCAUUACUAAGCCUUCAGAAUCGAUCUUCAGUUCUGAGUUUGGAGAUUGAAUGAAUAUAAAAGACAAAUGAAUAGAUUAAGUAUGAUCUUUAUUUUCUUUGAAAGAAGUCCAGCAUCCAUGUAUUCUUCCAUGUUCAAUAAAUAAUACUUGUAUCUUUUUGGUUUUUUUAAUAGAUUUUGCCACAUUUUAGUUUAUAAAAUCUUGGUAUUGCCUUGGACAAACUGAUCUCAUUCUAGGCAAUAGUCCUGUAUCUGAAAAUAGUUUUUUUUUCAACUGAUUUGGCUCCAAACCAUUUAACAAUCUAAUCAAUUGACUCCUUAUCUUUCUCUUAAUGACCCUCUCCACUUCUCCACUAAACUUCCUUGCCACCAGGAUCAAAUGAGAUGAUCCAUUGCACAUGUGGAUUUUGGACUUUGUUUUUCAGAAAGCGAGAUGUUGCCUGUUGCAGCUAAUCUAUUAUUACAUGCUGCAGAGUGUGGUAAAAGGUCAGAUUUCUGUGUGAAUUCAAAUGUGUGCAGUGGGAACUCUCUGGGUCAGGCUCAGCACUAACACUACAAAGUGGUCAAAUGAUUUUAAAAGUACAGCAUAUUUCUGUGUGUGUUAUGCAGAGUGCUGCUGUGUACUUAUGUCUGUUUCAUGCUGGUCAUGUCCUGCAGAGUAUGUUUUGAAUUGGAGUAGCACACAAGCUUUAAGUCAGAAAAUUCAGGUAUUUUAACUUUUUAUCAUGAUCGGCUGAAUGCUGCACCUUUUUUAUAUGUACAUAUCUGUGAGCACUCAAGUGCCCGUUGUUGAUCAUGUCAUAAAAAGCUGUUGUGAUACAAAUGUUCUGUACUUGUCCAAAUAAAAAUAAAUA